GAAAGAGCGGCGGAGGGAACGGCAUCUCAGUAUAUGGGGCGCAAACGGACACUGGACGCUGGCCCCGGGGUCCAGCCAGGGCCCCGUGCCUGUGCUUCAGGGGUGGCCCCAAACUCGUCCUCGACCCCGAGGGGGCUGCAGGGGACCAGGAAGAAGAGGAGCAGGAGAGGCCCCUGAGCUGCUCCUCUGGAGUGAGGGGCUGGAGGGAGACGCACAUGUACAAUUGCCGCUUUGAGACACUGGGACCGACAAGGUAUCUGAGCUGGACGGCAGAGAAGUGCUGUCAGGAUGGCAGUGUCACACGGAAGCUGCAGCCCAGUAAGUGCAACCUGUUCUCCAUGUGUGCCACACCCCGGGGCUCCUGCACACCCUACCCAGGUGUCCAGGGCACUUUCAAUGCCAGCAGCAUCACUGUGUUCAGAAAUUCACCCCUGUCCCACCCACCAGGCCAGCCCCCCAGCGUCUACUCCAGCCGGACGAGCAGGCCCACGAGGGAUGGUGCUCAGGGCCAGGUGCACCCUCCUGCUUGCCACUUCCCCCAGGGGAGCCUGGAGAACCGGCUGCCUGAACCUGGAGCUCAGUGUUUCACAGCGGGGGUCUAUUCCACCGAGGAUGCGAAACUGAGAAGCCUGCAGACGCCUCUGGGAGCCCCGUGCAAUCCAAUGCUGCCACUAGAUGUGCCUAUCAAAAUGGAAAAUGACUCUGGGUCCGAGGACACAGCAGAUGGCUACAGCAGUAGCCAGGUGUGGCUGGGGGCCAGUGAUGUGGCCAGGAAGCAUCUGGUUGCUUUCCCUAGCAGGAUGCACCUGAAAACAGAGCCAGAUUCCAGAUGCCAGCUCUACAUGCCACAACUUGGGCACAGCGUGCUAGGGGCUCCCCCGCAUGGCAGGGCCACUGCUGGGCCUAGCAGGGAGCUGGCCCCAUUCUACCCCACACAGUGCACCUGCCUGGAGUGCAUGCAUGGGCUUCCUGAGCCAGAACCUCCCCACCACCUCUGCACGCAGGGCUGUGGCGAGCACCAGCCUUCCACUCUGGGCUGUGACUGCAGAGCUCCCGGGGCCACCCCCAUGGUCAAGCAAGAGCCCCUGGACUCGCCCCCGUGGGCCACCCACAGCCAGAGGGGGGUGCCUGGGAUGUUCCGUAAAAGUGCUUUGGGGACUUUGAUCCCACCAAAAGCCCCUGAGUGUGCCUUCCUGCUGUAG